UGAAAUAUCUACAAUGAAAUUCCCGACAAACCUGCUCACCUAACUGGUUUAAAAACAGCGAAACUUUCCACGAGACAAGAUGAACAGUUCAUCCAAAAACUUCUCCUUUUCGCAAGUGUCUUUAAACACCUCAAACCAAAGCUGCGAUGCGAAUUCCACCGAUGAAAUGAUCCCGUACAAUGAAAGACCGGAAACUUAUUUCGUGCCGAUACUGUUUUUGUUGAUUUUCAUCGUGGGAGUAGUGGGGAAUGGUACCUUGGUAGCCAUAUUUAUAAGACAUAAGAAUAUGAGGAAUGUGCCAAAUAUGUACAUCCUCUCGCUGGCCCUAGCAGAUCUCCUAGUGAUACUAACAAGCGUGCCAUUCACAUCGAUUGUGUACACAAUGGAAUCGUGGCCAUGGGGCGAGCUGAUAUGCAAACUUUCCGAGUUUGCAAAAGACAUAUCUAUCGGAGUUUCAGUGUUCACACUCACCGCUUUGUCGGCAGAUCGCUUUUUCGCCAUUGUUGACCCACUCAAGAAGUUCCAUACGAGCAGUGGCGGUCGUCGAGCAACACGCAUCACCGUCUGCAUCGCAGUCUCGAUAUGGAUACUCGCCAUCAUCUGCGCGCUUCCGGCCGCUAUAGCUUCGCACGUACGAGGAAUUCCCGAGGAGAACUCCAAGUUCUUCGUCUGCUACCCGUUCCCGCAUUGGCUCAACAAUACUUACCCCCAGAUUAUGGUCGCCAGUAAAUUCCUGAUUCUCUACGUUAUUCCGCUUACUAUCAUCGCCAUAUUUUAUUUAAGCAUGGCCGUGUCAUUAAUUAUGAGCACCCGAAAUGUUCCUGGAGAGUUGCAAGGGAUGCACAGGCAGAUCCGAGCAAGAAAGAAGGUAGCGGUGACAGUGCUGGUUUUCGUGGCGGUAUUUGCAGUGUGCUUCGCGCCACUUCACGCUUUUAUGCUCUUCUUUUAUUUUCAUCCACAAUCGCAGGAGCUUUACAACGCGUUUUGGCACUACCUGAGGAUAAUUGGGUUUUGUCUGUGCUAUAUCAAUUCCUGCGCUAAUCCAAUUGCUCUAUAUUUUGUCAGUGCAGCAUUCAGGAAGUAUUUUAACAGAUACCUCCUCUGUAUCAAAAUAAACAGAACCCACAGCAGCUAUCUCCACCAACGAGCCACUUCAAUGUCGAUGGUAUCAAUGAAAAGAAAUCAAUCUCUCAUGACAAGAAAAAGCAAAAACAUGUCAUCCAUAAACCGCCGAUUGGAUCCCAUGAUCGUUCAAGAGACUUCAGUAACUUUACUCGGGGUCAAUAACGAACAUAUCUGUAAUAAUCUUUGAUGUGACUUUCAUUAGAUUAACCAGUGAACAAUAUUUGUUGAUAUAAGUAGAAAAAUGUGCAAAUAUGGGUACCAAAUUCAUACAACGUUAAUUGAUGUAUCAUUUUAUAUUUAUUUAUUUAUGAUUUUUAGUAAGAGUAUUUAGAUAGACAGCAGAGUACUAAUAUAUAUAUCGCCGGUCCAGAAUAAGAAUGACGUAACUGCAAAUUUUGCAGUUACGUCAAUGUUACGACUGCAAACGUCAAUUGCUGUUUAUUGCGUAACUAACUUCUAAAACACUGUGUUCCCAUGAUACAAAAGCAACAGAACUCUAAUUAUGUGCUGAGCCACUACAGGUUAGUUGCGUCGUUAUUGAAAUACGCACCAUAUUAGGCCUUGUUUCAGAUGAAUAAUGACGCAACUGAAAAUAGGCUUGAAAAUGGGGGGGCCUAAAUUAGGAUAAUGAAAUUCGGAACAAUAGGAUGAAAAUAAAAGCCAUCGCUGUAAGGAUAAACGGCAUACUAAAUAUAUAAAAAUAGUUUUUAUGUACAGAAAAAUUUUAAGAUCAAGAAUGACGCAACUGUAUAUAGAGUUGAAAAUGGGGGGAUUAAAUUAAGAUAAUGAAAUUCGAACCAAUAGGGAUGAAACUAAAAGCCAUCAUUGCAAGGAUAAACGCCAUACCGAUGCUCCGGACGCUUACUCUUUAUUUAAUCACUAUUUUAAAUAUUUAAAAACUUUUAGAUCAAGAAUGACGCAACUGUAAAAGGGUUGAAAAUGGAGGGAUUAAAUUAAAUUAUUGAAAUUCGAACCAAUAGGGAUAAAAGUAAAAGCCAUCAUUGUAAGGUUAAACGCCAUACCGAUGCUCCUGGGCGAUUACUCCUCAUUUAAUUAAUAUUUUAAAUAUGUAAUUAAAAAUUUUUUUGGUCUCCUGAGAAAUUUGACUUUUUGCAGUUACGUCAUUCUUAUUCCGGACCGGCGAUAUGUCUUUUUUCUUGAGAUGCCCUCUUCUAACAAUGUUUACCGAGGAUUUAUACAAACAUUGGGUUUUCUGAAUGAUUGAAAGUGUAAAACAGUCUAUUCCUUGAUAUUUCGUAAUGAUGUCAUCUGUAGUCUAUCAGUUCUCGAUCGAAACCCAUUUGCUUUAGAUUUUGCAUUGUACUAACUUUUAAUGCCCAUGCUUCCAUGCAAUACAGCUGAUGCUAUAUUACCUCCAAAGGACAGAAGAAGUAGAGAACGAACGCGUAGAAGAUGGAUUGAUGAUGUGGAAGAGGACCUUAAGAUUCGAGGGGUCAGAAAGGGGUUUUUCGCUCGGGACUGAAAAAAGUGGCGUAAGUUCGCAGAGAAUAACGAGUAAAGAAGACACCUCGACACCUUACGGUAUAAGAGAAUAAUCAUCGAUUAUGUUUUUAUGUUAUGUAUCUGAUAGAAAA